GUUCUACCCCAGUUAUUGAAUCAUAGCAAGGAAGGAGUUUACAGAAAUCUGUUUGCUACUACCAAACACAACAGUCUAAGAGCACUGGAGGGAGAGAGAGACAGAGAUUUAAGUCAACCCCACGAGCAUGUUUGCCCCAAUUCUUCUCCUGCAUGGAGCUUUUCUCUUUGGGAUGAUCCAUUCCAGUCUAGUCUCAAGGAAGUCUUAUGGAGAGAUAAGGUCCCCCAACUACCCCAAGCCAUACCCAAACGAUAACAUCACCACCUGGGACAUUGCCGUGCCCAAGGGCUUCAGAGUCAAGUUGACCUUCUGGGAGUUCGAUUUGGAGCCAUCCGAGGCUUGUAUGUACGACUAUGUCAAGAUCACAGCAGACAAGAGAGACUUGGGCCGGUUCUGUGGCCAGGUGGACUCAGCCACUGGUAACCACCCUGGAAGGAGGGAGCUGGUAUCUCAGGGGAACCGAAUGCGGCUCUCGUUCCACUCCGACUUCUCCAAUGAAGAAAAUGGCGAGCUUGUCUUCUACAAGGGCUUCCUGGCUUAUUAUCAAGCUGUGGAUCAGGACGAGUGUGCCCAAGGAAACAAGAUUGAAGACGAGCAGAAGCUAAGAUGCCAGCACUUCUGCCACAACUACAUAGGGGGUUAUUUCUGCUCCUGCCAUCCGGGCUACCGUCUCCAGAGUGACCAGCAUUCCUGUAAAGUGGAAUGCAGCAAUGAGCUGUUCACAGAGCUCUCUGGAUACGUGUCAAGCCCCGGAUACCCUCGGCCAUACCCAUCUGGCCUGCAGUGUAACUACAGCAUACAGGUGGAGAGGGGGUUGGCUAUCACACUCAAAUUCCUGGCACCCUUUGAAAUAGAGGACCAUCAGCAAGUCCGCUGCCCUUAUGACCAGCUGAAGAUCCAGGCUGGGGGCACAGAGAUUGGCGAGUUUUGUGGCACAGUCACCCCAGACAGCAUUGAAACCAACAGCUCUUCAGUGAACCUUCUUUUCCUCACAGACGAGUCAGGGUUCGGCCGUGGAUGGAAGAUCCGGUACAGCUCAGAAAGGAUCCGUUGCCCACAGCCCGUGCCGAAUGACAAGUUCACCAUCAUCAAAAACCCUCAGCCUAUCUAUCAGUUCCAGGACUACUUCAUUGUCAGCUGCCAGAAGGGUUAUAAACUGAUGGAGGGAGACAAACAGCUGCCCACUUUCACUGCUGUCUGCGAAGCUGACGGGACCUGGCACCGUUCUAUGCCCCGGUGUCAAAUUGUGAACUGCGGUGAUCCUAAACUUCUGACCAAUGGGGACAUCAAGUACAUAUCUACUUCAGGGAUUAACAUCUACCAGUCAGUUGUCAGAUACCGUUGCAAUGAACCCUACUAUCAAAUGGUCACUAGUAAUGGGACAGGAGAAUAUACCUGCUCUGCUGAGGGUUCCUGGAAGAAUAAUAAUGAUUAUGAAGACAUCCCAGUGUGUCUGCCAGUGUGUGGAAAGCCAGAUAAUCCAGUUGAGCAAAUCCAGCGGAUUGUUGGCGGUAGCUCAGCAAAGCCAGGCAACUUCCCGUGGCAAGCAAAGACUGUCCUCUCUGGAAUCGGGCGAGCUGGAGGGGCAUUGCUGGGUGACCGCUGGAUUCUGACAGCUGCCCACACCGUGUACCCCAAGGGGCGAUCUGAACUUGAAGAGAGGAAGAGUCUGGAAGAGAUGGCUGAGAAAGUGGAAGCCUUCUUGGGUUACAUCAAUGUGACCGAACUCCACAAGAUGGGCAACCAGCCCAUCCGCAGGCUCUUUGUGCACCCAGACUAUAACCCCGAUGAUGAACAGAAUUUUGAUGGAGACAUUGCACUCAUUGAGCUACGAGACCCCGUGACUCUGGGUCGCGAUGUCCUGCCCAUCUGUCUCCCAGAUCCACAAACCACCUCUUUCUAUGGUCAAGGGAGGGUGGGCUAUGCCAGUGGCUUUGGUGUGGAAGAGCAACAUCUCUCUGUUGCACUGAAGUAUGCUAUGAUCCCGGUGGGCAACGAGGCAUCCUGCCGGGAAUGGCUAAGAGGGAAGAAAAUCCAUGGGAAGGAUCCAGUUUUCACAGACAACAUGUUUUGUGCAGGCUCUCCUAUUGAAGGGAAAGACACCUGUCAAGGAGACAGUGGGGGGGCCUACGUUGUGCUCGACCAAGAUACUGGGCGCUGGGUGGCCACUGGCAUUGUCUCCUGGGGCCUUGAGUGUGGCAAAGGGUAUGGUUUUUACACCAAAGUUGUCAACUAUCUGGACUGGAUCAAAGGGAUUGUGAAUCAGAAUUGGGUUUGAAGACCCUUGCAGCUCUGUGGUGUCAUAUAACCUUCCAAGAGGUAACAGGGAGCACAGCCCUUUGAGGCAGGGUCAUGUCAAACCAAUUCAAGACUUAAAUAAAUAAUGCAUUUAAAUAAAAUUUGCAUUUAACACAACCUCAGUGUGGGGUGGUUUUUUUUUUUUGACAUGUUGAACUAAAUGUAAAAUUAUUUGUGCUAUAAUAAAUGAAAAUUAUUUUUCCUUUUUAAAAAAA